AACACAUUUUUUUGACUUGAGAGUUGAGCUGAUUGAUUUGUCGAUUUGUAUUUGUGAUUUGCCGAUGAAUUAUUUUUAAAUGUUUUUUUGGCGCUAUUUCGAAAUGAAUAUUCGUGAACAGCUUUGUGAUUUGGUUUUAAGCUAGGACAAAGAAUCCGUAUUUUUUACAAUGCAUUUUUAGGUGUGUAGAAAGGGCCGGUUGCGAAAAUGUCUGUCCCUGACGAUCCGGAGGAUUUCAUAUUUCGUCCGCAACAACACUUGGACGCUAAGUGGUUAAAUCCUGACUUGCAAGAAGCACUUCAGAAUCCAGAUGUUCUGUGUAGUUUAUUCAACAGCCUAUUACAGGACAGAGAAAUAUAUUUUGACUUGUCAACUGGCCUCGUGAAUGGUGCAGGUGUAACAGCGAAACUUGGCGACAGUGGAAAAUAUUAUUGUGGACUCCGGAUAUUAACAUGUACUUGUUGUGAUGGGUUGUGUGGCCCACAUUCUGGAUGUGCAUGUGUUCCCUGCACCGCACUCUCGUUGGAAGAGGAGCACCGUAUUGCAAUUCAGUCCAAGUUGGUCACCCCACCACCGUCUCUUCAUGUGGUUGAUGAUCUAAAAUGGAAGCAAGAUCCUGGACCAGAAUGUCUUCAAAGCCUUAUGGAAUCUCUGAUUUGGGAGCAGCGGGUACGAGCUAUUAAUACAGCUGUCAGCUGUCCAUUUAUAUCUCAAAUACGCCGUUUAAUACUGUUGUGCAACAGACACCUUGUAGCAGUUAUAAGAGAUCAAAGUCAAAAUAAAGAAGUUAAGAGAGUACGAUUGGAGAAAAAGCCACCACAUGGAGUUAGUAAUAGAGCUCUUAGUAAUGUUGUGAGUGCACUGAAUAAUUCUGUAGAUAUAAACACUGAAAGCCAAGAAGAUACUGAGGAGCAUAAUGACGAUUCUGAAAGUGCUCUCGGAUUAGCUCGCGUGGGUGCUCGAGCCGCUCUCCGUUUGGCUCUCUCAUUAGUCCGUAGAGCAUGGCGCUGUGGUGAAGACGCAGAUGUAUGCUCAGCUUUACUCAAAGAUGCGUUAGACGCCGUCCGUGCGUUGCCCGAUGCCGCACUUGCCGGCGCAGGCGGAGUUGCUGCACAAGCACCGCGGUCACAGAAAAUAUGGGCCGAGGUUGUCGACAGCGCUGCCAAGUUCUUGCAUCAAGUUGUGGUUGGUGAAGUGGGGUGCAACGUGCCGCUAGGUGACUGGCGAACGUCGCUGUGCGUGUGGGUGGAGCUGUGCGCGCGGCGAGCGGAGCUGCCGGCGCUGUUGAAGGCGGCUGACGUGCUCGUCACGCUGCCGCCCAAGCAGAAACGACAACCAGACAACAGGAUAACAUUAGAAGAAUGUACAGCACCAUUGGGUCCAUUUUUAAAACGGAUGGCCAAAGUGGCAGCCCCUUCGCCGAUAAUCAACAACGAACCCGCAGUUGAAGACAAUCCCACUGAAGUUUAUCUCAAAGAACUGAAUAUUCCUAGCGGCGAUGGAUUGAUGAGCGUGAGAAAAGCUGGUAUAGCGUUACUCUGCCAUUUGGACCGGCUCGGCGCGCCUCUCUUGCCUCCCUUGAAAGGUUUUGUUACAUGCACGGAAUCAGCUCAAGAAGUAGUUUCAAUCGGCACCGGUUCUAUAUCAUUGGGGACACUCAGAGUUCAGCAGAUCUCUUGCGCUGAAAAGUUGGCUUUACUCUUGACACACGAUGGCGUGGUCUACACACUGCCCUACGACACCAUGACGCCGCAAAUCGUUCCUGGUCUAGAGAACAAGACAAUAAUCCAAGUAUCGUGUCACCCGGCGGGGCGGCACUUCUUGUGCUGUUCGUCGUGCGGCGGCGUGUGGGCGUGGGGCGCGGGCGACGACGGCCGCCUCGGGCACGGCGACACCGCGCACCGAGAGGCGCCCGCCGCUAUACACCACCUCGCGCACCACGAGGUGCAGAGAGUGUUCGCGGGGGCCGCCAGCAGUGCGGUAAUAACGUCCCGAGGUGCUCUGUACACAUGGGGUCGCGGCACUCACGGCCGACUUGGCCACGGCACCAUCGAGAACUGCCUCACGCCUCAGCCGGUCUCUUUCAACGCACAUAACAUUGAACGAAUCAUUGAUAUUGCUUUGGGAUGGGGUGAAAGUCAGACACUUUGUUGUACGUGGGAAGGUGCAGUGCAAGUGUUUGGCGAUACAGAAGGCGGCGCGCCUCGAACUCUAACAUCACUCUCUGUGCUGCGAGUAACGCGGGUUUAUACCGGCGAACAUUUCCAUGCGGUACUUACGGAUGGUGGACAAGUGUAUACCUGGGGUAAUGGAGAUGGCUAUCGUCUCGGCCACGGCAACUUGGAGAGUUUGAAAGUACCGAAACAAAUAGAAGCUUUUCAAGGUGUAAAAAUCGUCGAUGUGUCACUUGGCGCAUCGCACGGUCUAGCGUUGGCUGCGGACGGUACGUUGUACGCGUGGGGGACGCACGAGCGUGCGCAAAUACUGAGACCCGUGCCGCAACCCGUACAAGUGUUCAAUACUUCUUUUAAAGCUAAUGGUGUAUCCAGCGGGUCAACACAUAUAUUUGUAUGGAGUGAAGAAAGUCCAAGAGAUCUACCGUCUUCAAUGCCUUUCGUUAUCGACCUUUCCGACAAUACAUUUAAGUUUUUAGAAAGGCUUCUCAGAUUAGCAGUAGAGCAAAGCAGCUCGUGUCCAAUGAAAGAUAACGAAUGUUUAGCAAUAGCCUGUUUGAAUCUGCUAAGACUUCAGGUGCAUGCAUGGCAGUGCUCGCGUGGUGUCGACAGCGGUGGGACGGCGGAGGGUGCGGAAGCGACGUGGUGCGCGGGCGUGCACUCGGCGCUGGUGGCGUUGGUGGAGGGACGCGCAGGCGCGGGCGCGGCGGCUGCGGCGAGGCGCGCGCUCGCCGCCGCCUGGCCGCUGCUGCUGCCCACGCCGCACGUGCGCGCUAAUCACCUCAUCACUUUGCUACCACAAGGUUCCGUGCCCGCGAGUACUGGCGCGCGGUUCAUGACCGAGCUCCUGGUGUGGUCGCUGCUCGGCGGCGGCGGGCUGCGGGACGCACUACGUAACGCAUUGCAAUCGCACGCGACGGACGCUUACAAUCAUUUACUAUUAGAUGCUGAUUACGAUCAAGUUGACAUAAUCACGGGCCAAAGGGGUCCUCCACCUAUGAAAUCUGGUGAUGAAACUGAUUUGGAUGUGGUUUCAGCCUACACCGAAGAGUAUCAGUUAAGUAACGCUACAACGACGGACAAGGGAGCUUCUGUACCUCUCAUGCAUCUGGUGAAACAUUUGAUUCAAAACACGAGCUGUCAAACACAAAUGCACAUAAAUGCAAUAAUCCACGGCGACACAAGCAAAACCGACGACCCUAAGGGACAGGACACCGUAAGCCCAAGCUGUGAUCUUCUGACGCGUUUCCAAAGGUUACUAUUCUGCGAGGCGAUGUGGUGUCGCGGCGGGCGCAGCACGCGCACCGGCAUGCGCGCACUGCUCGCGCACUACGCGCAACUGCUCGCCGACCACGUGCACUCCACGCUCGGCGCCUUCUGCCGCGCGCUGCACCGGGCGGACGACGCGCAGCUCGUGACGCUCUGUGAUCUUAUAGCUACGGAUAUUGUUGGUCGUGUAAUAAGCGAGCUGAGCGCGUGGGUGUGCGCGUGCUCGGCGCGGUCCCCGAACGCGCUGGCGGAGUGCACGACCGCGCUGGUGCGCGUGGCGCGCGCCUGCGACGCAGCACGCGCGCUGCCUUCCGCCGCCCGGCUCGACGCGGACAUGCUGGGCUGGCCUGGACUCGUCUCCAAACGGAACCAACUGAACAACACUGUCAUACGCAAAUGCGAUCUUCAAAAUCAUACAAAAGAAGGCGGUUCCUGGAUUAUAAUAGCUGGUUACGUUUUUGACGUCGAACAUUUCGAGUGUGACGACGCGACAACCACGGAGCUGGUGCGCAAAAUGCGAGGCUGUGACGCGACGGUCGCUCUGAGCGUGGCGCCGCACGCCGCGUACAUGUCGCAGCUCACCGAGAAGUGCGUCGGGAUGUACGCCGAUCAGAUAUAUAGCCACAAGUGUAAAGAGAGUAUAUCUAGUCUACGUGCGUACCACAUAUUGUCAUCAAGCGCGUUCCAAUUGGCGUUAGGGUUGUCGCAAUGUGGCACCCGACUUGCGCGCUCACUCCCUGUGCAACAAGCGGAGAAAGACGCCGCGCCCUACGCAGCUGCUGUGUUCUUACGAGGGGGAUUACAGGAGACACAAUUAACGAACCCAUUCGAGGAGGAGAAGGCCGAGGCUCGCAGCGGGUCCUCGACAGGCGGUAACAGUCCUGCGAGCGAGGCUCCGCUGCAGCCGUCGCGUGCAACCCGCGCCCCUCGCGCGCCGCCCCGACACGCCACCGCGCAUGCGCGUGCCGAUGCGCUGCUGCACGCGCUCGCAGAGCCAACUGUUUGUUUUUAGGAUCCCCUAGCGUUGCAUUUGUGGUGGGCAUGCGAGCGACGUGAGGGAUGCGCCCCUCACUUUCCACCGGAGCAUCCUCUAGAAGAACUGAGAAGGGCGUUACUAGCAGCUCUAUUGUAUCACGCGGGGUUGAAGGAACACGCCCUAGCCACCGCCACUGCUGAGAUGCAAAAGGGUGAAGUGAAGUUAUCUCCUGCGAUGUCUGAGAUCGUCAAAGCAGUUCAACAAAGCAAGUGGACAUUGAUGAGAACCAGGCAGCAACUCUCUCGUGGUUAUAAAGAGGUAUGCGCAGCGCCGCUAGAACGUGCCAGGUUCCUUUUACACGAAGUCCGAGCGGCGAUUUCUCCGGCAGUGUCUGCGUUACGGACGCGUCCACCGUCCCGCCGCCCUCCCACCGCAAAGAAGAUAUUCCAAAAAGUCAUGCGGGUUUCCAAGACGCCUAGCUUUAAUAAAUGUUUCGAAACGACCAAAGACUUACGCAACAGGCAAAACAGUCUCAGCAAAAGCAUGCUCAAAGCGACAGGAAGCCUUCUGCAGGGUGAUGCGCUUCUUAUCAAGUCAUCCAUCGCCAAUACAUCCAGCAAGACACCGGAAGACAUCACGCCCAGUAUUGUGAUCGAACCAUCUAGAGGACAGAUAGAUGGCUCCGGCGACCCCAGAGAGCUGCAGAUUAAACUGAAACUGAAAACCAAAGAUAAACCGUUAGACAAAGACUUAAAAAACGCUUCGAAUUAUGACGACAUGCGGAACGAAGGGCGCGCAGAGAGAGUUAUGGAAAGGGAUGAUAUAGACAAGGAGAAUGACGAUAAAACUCCUACGAACGAGAUAUCGAUUAGCUCGAUAAACGAUAUGACUGACAACUCGAUAUUGAAAGAAUCGAUGGAGAGUGAGAAACAAGUGAUUCUGUUAGCGGAUGAUUUGAAGAAUGAUCUCAUUAUGGCGGACGAGGAGAAAGACGAUGACAAUUCCGAAAGAAAUAAGUUUGUCAACGCUUGGGUGUCGCGACUUGCGUGUGAGGAAAAAGACUUAUAUUGGCUGCUUGAAGAAGUGACUCAGGAGCAGCAAGGCCUGACAAUAGCUAUAAUUGACUUUGUCAUGACUGAAGAACCCUGUGAUAUUGAUAUUUUAAGAAGAGCCUUGUAUUGUCAGGUGCAAAGAGUAGAAAUAAGAAAGAACGGAUACAGCAUGAUAAACUGUAUACUACAUUCAUCGCAAACAAUGUCAGAGAGCAUAAAGUAUGCUGCCCUGGUCGGUAUGCUCGGAGCUUCCAUGGCGGAAUCCGUUCCACAAGUACCUCUUAAACCUACAAUACCAUUAACGUUACCUCUAAAGGGCAUUGAGUCAGUGUUACCCUACUCCAAAUAUAUGGUGCUUCUAGAAAGAUCGCAGUUGAUGGAAUUUGUUCUAAUCGAGUUGAAAGCGAGAGUCGCUGAAGGGGAGCAGCAUCAACCGCUGCCAUCGAAGAUGAGUGCUAACUAUGGUGCGCAUGCGUUGCUGAAUAGACCUUCUAGAGCGAGGUUCCUGAUAACUUUGCUGUCUCUGUUAGUGGAAGGAAGUCAAGGCCCUGAGCUAGAGCAGCUAAUAAAUGGCGGAGCAUUGAGUACUUGUUUAACACUGUUGAAGCAAAUAGGUGGUGAUACGUCACAGUACUCAUCUUUAAUCUGCAGUGGAUUAAAGUCCAAACCGGAGUGCCUUAUCAUUUAUGAGGACGAGCGACUCGGAGCGCGCGCUCGAGGAGCUUCAUUGUCCGGUCCUGAACUGGCUUCUUUAAUGAAGAUUGGAACACGUGUGGUUAGGGGAAAGGAUUGGAAGUGGGGGGAUCAGGAUGGAGUACCGGGCGGAGAAGGUCGCGUGAUCGGUGAACUAGGAGAAGACGGAUGGGUUCGUGUAGCGUGGGACGCGGGCGGGACCAACUCAUACCGCAUGGGGAAGGAGGGGAAAUAUGACCUCAAAUUGGCACGCUCUCCGUCUCCACCACCUUCUGUUGACGAAACAGUGCAGGGUCCUGCGGAUAUAUGCAUCGAGGGCUGGCCAGUGAACGAAGUGCGCGCGGCGUGCACGUGCGCUAUCCGCGCGCUGUGUGCGGGCGCGGGCGGCGCGGGGGGCGCGGGUGGUGCGCUCACGUUCGCGAACGUGGCGAGUGCGACGGGCUCAGUGGCACGACGCAACGUCGCCGCGCUGCAGCGUCGCCUGCUGGCAUUGGCGCAUGCGCUCUCAACGCCGCCGCCUACCGCAUUUUCCGCCAACUAUCACACUGCUCUCGCUUUGCUUAGAGCGAGCGCCCAGAGCCCUGAGAUGCGAAUAUCGCUCUGUACAGACUCGUGGUUCGAACUUUGCUACAGUAUUAUAUCUGCUACGGAAAAACCAGUCACUCAAGAUCUCAUUUAUUUGCAAAUUCAGUCACUAUGGUUACUUCGCCGUGUUCUCGUAGAACACAGUGGCCAUGUGGAGUGGCGAAGGACGGUGGGUGCGCAACUCCUAGCGUUGAUCGGACGUUUGUGGCUCGAGACGCAUCCGUGGGACCCGGCGCUGCGGCCGCAUCACAAUGUGCUCACACCCGGUACUGACGAAGAGGAAAUCGACAACAGGUGGCGCGCGCCGGCGACGGCGAGCUACACGGGCGCGACGUGCGGCGCGCUGGUGCAGCUGGUGCGGCAGCUGCACGCCGCGCCGCAGUGGCACGCGCCCAUCACCGCGCUGCUGCUCGACAAGCUGCAGCUGGCGGCGCAGCUGGUUACGAGCGACUGGCACUGGUGGCCGCACACAAGUCAGGAUAUAACACAGACGAUAAAACCAUCUCCACCCUCGUUGGAGACUUGUCUUAUAGCUGGUGCUUUGGGAGUGGUGGGUGGUGUAGAGUGGCGCAUAAGAAUUGGUCAGAAAGUAACCGCCGGCUCACCGCCGCGGAACGCGAUCGUCACUCAGUUGUCACCGAGAGCUAAAAUAACGCUAGUACACGAAGACGGCACAACUACAAAGACUGAGCUAAGCGGCAUACAAAGCGCGGAAUGCGAGCGUCUCGCGCAGCCGCUGGGCGGCGGCGAGAGCGCGCUGCGAGUGUGCGCCGCGCUGCUCGGCGCCGGCCCGCACGCCUCGCCCAUGCACCCGCACCACUUACCCGCUGAAAUCGAUGUGUAUGGACUUAGGAAACAACAGAUGGAAUUGUUAACCCUGUGCGCUGUGCGUGGACUGCUGACAACUAGAACACGAUUGAGAAAAGUGCUGUUGCAACCUCCGGAUGGUACAGCCACUACCGACAGGGCAGCGACGUGUUUAGGCACAGAAGGGACGUUGUUCCGUCGGUUAUUAGCUCUAGCCACGCGACCAAGCCCGCUCUCCGCUUCACACAGUCCUAAAGAACUCGCCGCAGCGGCCCUCACUAUUGUACAGCAAUUGGCCGGACAUGUUAAUGGCGAUGAAAAAGAACAUGAGUCUCCACCCGACAUACCAAUAUGCAUAGACAAAAGCAAUGUCAUGCAGAUGUCUAUGGGACCAUCGACAAGCACAGCUUCUUUGUCUCGAAAAGACCUCAAUACGUGGGCGAAUUCUUCACAAGUACAACAGGUUAUUGAGAUGGGUUUUUCCAGGCACGCUGUGUAUGGAGCUAUACAAGCGUUGGGUGGUACCAGUCUGCCGUCCGUGGAAUCUCUAGUCGCAUAUUUAUUAGAACUACCUCAGCAAGGCAUGGACGACACCGUGUACGAGAUAAAACCUCACUCUUCUAAGCAAGAGAAGAAGCAGACUCCGUACCGUUGGCGCAGCUGUUUCGCGUCCGAAGACGAAUACGCGCAGUAUUUAUCAGAGGUCAUCAGCCCCGGGAUGACUGUACGGUGUUGCAAGGCUUAUGAGGGCGUGGCGCUAGGCGAUGUUGGUCAAGUGCAAAAGAUAGAACGAGAUAUCAAACAGAAUGUAUUUUUACACGUGGAGUGGCGCGGGCUGGGUCGCGUGGCGGGCGUGCGCGCCGUGCACGCGGAGGUGGUGUCGGGCGCGCCGCCCUUCGCGCCCGGAGACCGCGUGCGCGUGCGCGCCGCAGUCACACAGCCGCGAUACAAGUGGGGCUGCAUCGACCAUACCAGCGUCGGCACCGUCACUGCGAUUUCAAGCAAUGGACGCGACUUGACAGUAGAUUUCCCACAACAACCUGGUUGGACUGGGCAAGUUAGCGAAAUGGAACUAGUCACUGAUCAAUCCGAAUGGGGAGAGAGUGCCGGUGGGACAGUGGUAGGAUGGCGAGGUGCGGUGCGCGCUGUUCGUGUGUCCUCAUGUCGACCUGGUGCUGGCGCCAGGCGCUUGUUGGACUCGCAGCCGCAUACUUAUUGGCAAAGUGCUAGUGGCUCUGGACAGCAUUGGAUUCGGCUGGAGAUGCGCAGCGGCGUGCGCGUGCGGCGGCUCGGACUAGGCGUGGCGGGCGGCGCGCACGCGGCGGGCACGCUGUCGGUGCGCGCGGGCGCCGGCUUCGAUGACGCCGCACUGGCGCCGCUCGCCGCCGCGCCCGCCGCUCCCGCUGCGCCGCACGCCCGAGACCGCCCGCCAGCGCAUCUCGCGCAGAUACAUUUGCUCGCUGAUUGCAAACAGUACUAUCCAUGCAUAGAGAUCAGCAUAAAACAAAACCGUAACGUGAACGCGGACUGCCGUGUCCACGGUUUAUACAUAACUGGUUUUAGACCAAACCCGCUAUACACAGAAGUUUUACAGAGUAUGAACUUUGUCGCCGAAGAUUGGAUGGAGAAAGAUAAUGCAACGGGUUCAGUAGCCACUGAAAAUAAUCCUCCGACGUUACCUACUGAUUGCCCCAAAGUGUAUGUAUGGGGUUUGAACGACAAGGAUCAACUAGGCGGUGUGAAAGGCUCUAAAGUUAAGGUGCCGGUAUUCUCUCCCGGUCUCAGCUCACUACGACCUGUACACAUAGCCGGUGGCUCCAAAACAUUAUUCAUAGUCUCCCAUGACGGAAAACUUUAUGCCUGCGGUGAGGGCACCAACGGUCGGCUAGGCCUCGGUCACAGCAACAACGUGUCGACGCCGCGUGCCAACCCAUACCUCUCGCAUGUGCUCGUGCGCCGCGUCGCCGUGCACUCUGGCGGGAAGCAUGCGCUUGCGCUCACCGCUGAUGGGAAGGUUUACUCAUGGGGUGAAGGUGAAGAUGGUAAACUGGGCCACGGUAAUCGAAUAACGCUAGAAAUGCCGCGGCUCAUAGAGGCUUUGUCUGGCGAGCGCGUCGUGGGCAUAGCGUGCGGGUCUGCGCACAGCGCGUGCGUCACUGCGCGCGGACACCUCUACACCUGGGGGCUCGGCGAGUACGGCAGGCUCGGACACGGAGAUGAUACCACGCAGCUGGCUCCGAAAAUGGUAGAAGCGUUGAGCAGUUUUCGAGUUAUACAAGUUGCGUGCGGAUCCCGAGACGCACAGACGUUGGCUUUAACAGCAUGUGGGAAGGUGUUUUCUUGGGGCGACGGGGAUUUCGGAAAAUUAGGUCGCGGUGGAUCCGACGGGUGUGCGGUGCCGAUGAAUAUAGAGAGAUUGAAUACUCUUGGAGUUAUCCAAGUAGAAUGUGGUGCCCAAUUUAGUCUAGCUUUGACGAGAGAUGGAGAGGUUUGGACAUGGGGCAAAGGUGACUAUUUCCGUCUAGGCCAUGGUUGUGACGCCCACGUCCGACGCCCGACUAUUGUGGAAGCGUUGCGGGGACGUCGCGUCAUACAUGUUGCUGUGGGCGCGUUACACUGCCUUGCUGUCACGAGUGAAAACCAGGUAUGGGCGUGGGGCGACAACGACCACGGCCAGCAAGGAAACGGCACGACGUGCGUGAACCGGCGGCCGGCGCUGGUGGCCGGCGUGGAGGGCGUGCAGCGCGCCGCGGCCGGCUCCUCGCACUCCGCCGCCUGGGCGCUGCGCCCGCCCGCGCUGCCGCCCGGCGCCGCCGCGCCCGCCGCCUCGCCGCUGCCCUUCCCCACGCUCAAGGACCCGCUGGGAGCGCAGAGCUUGGGUUUAUAUUCAGAAGAGACUACAGUAGAAGAACCUCAAAGUCCCAGGCCAUCGUUAGCCGCUGCGACUCUGUCUCUAGAGCCACCUGUAGCGGUCCAACAUGCGCUGUCAUUGAUUCUGCUGGCGCUACACAUUUCGCAAGCCCGCAGCUUAUUAGUGGAGGCUCUUCGUGCUCACGAAGUGUGUUCUGCUGCUGCGCCCGUGUCUGCCGGUAUCGACACUGAGGACGAAGAUGGCGAAGGCGACGCCCGUACUGGAGGAGGAGAAGCACCGGCAGAUAGAGCUACUUUACCUAGUGGAGCGAGUAGUCCGCUCAGUGGUUCGAUAUCGUCCCGACACUCUGCGGUCAUGUCGUCGAGUGCAGUGUCCGUGGCGGCCGCUACUAUGACCGUACAACAAGCGGAAGCUCCCAAGUUGGUUUUAGAUGACUUCACGUCGCAACUCGGCGAGUCGGAUGCCAGAGCAUUGGUAGAUCUGCUUAAAUUAGCUGCUGCGGGAAGAAUUCCAGAUGCAAACAAUGCUGUCAAAAUUAUCACUGAUGUUUUAAUGGCUCUCUGCGCGAGUAAGCCUGCUGUGGCGGACAUGGUGGUGGAGGUGUGCGUGUGUGAGCUCGAGGAGGCGGCGGCGGGCGGGGGGCGCGCGCCGCCGCAGCCCGUCACCGUCGACAGCCCACAUCCUUAUGCCGAUGAUACCGACAUCUCGGGUGUGGUAAAGAUCCCCGGUGCUUCGUCCCUGCGCGUGGUGUUCGAACAAGGCUGCUCGACGGAGCGGCGCAACGACCCGCUGACGAUAUCGGACAGCACGGGCCGCGUGCUCGCCACGCGCUCGGGACGCGAGCCCUCUGAUUGGGCACAGGAGAUCAUUGUCAAUGGUGACGAAUUGCGUUGGCGGUUUACGAGCGAUGGUUCAGUUAAUGGUUGGGGUUGGAGGUUCACUGCUCACCCCGUAAUGCAAUCACACGCUGUUUCUGAUAAUGGCUCCGACCGCUACGUCUUAUCGUGUCCCUCGGUAGAACUCGCGUGGCGUCUACUAGACGGGCCGCUGCUGACAGCUAUAUCGAACGAUCACCAACUGGCGCCGCGGUUGGCUCAAGCAUUGGCCAUAUGCGCACAGAUGCCCACUUUGUCGUGGCGCGCUCGCGUGUGGUGCGUGCGGCGCCUGCGCGGCGUGGUGGUGGGGGCGGCGGGCGCGGCGGGCACGGGCACGCCGCCUGCGCUUGCGCAUCUGCCGCAGCUGCUGCACGCGCAGUAUGACCACGAGGAACCCGCGCUGCGCACCGGAACGCAUCUACUGCAUACACACUACCUGAAGGAAUUAGCAUGGCUAGCAUGUGGUCUACGAUUAGACACUCGUCUAUGUAACGGUACGGACGCCGCGCGCUGGGCGUGGUUCAAGCGUUACUGUCUGUGCGUGCGCUCCGCUGAAGCUCUCAUACGUCGAGUACCUAUGCCGGUUCCAUUCUUAGCAGAUGUUAGGAAAAGGCUUACGGAUUUGGGAGUGUACAACAAUGAAGAGACGGGAAGUGACGCACAGUACCCCUGGGAGGACAACACCAAGUUCACUAAGCAGCACGAUGAACAGUUGUUGCAUUGGGUUAACAAACGGCCAGAGGAUUGGUGCGGGUGGUGGGGCAGUAGCUCGCGCGGGUGCGCGGUGUACGGCUGGGGACACAACCACCGCGGCCAGCUCGGCGGCGUGGAGGGCGCGAAGGUGCGCACGCCGACUCCCUGCCACGCGCUGGCCACGCUCAACCCCGUGCAACUGGUGGGCGGUGAACAGACUCUGUUCGCAGUCACGCCUGAUGGGAAGGUGUUUGCUACCGGUUACGGCGCAGGAGGUCGCCUGGGCAUAGGCGGCAUCGACUCUGUCUCUCAACCUACAUUGUUGGCAUCCAUUCAACACGUGUUUAUAACGAAGGUGGCUUGCAAUUCAGGCGGUAAACACUGUUUGGCGCUCUCCGUCGACGGAGAUGUGUACAGCUGGGGCGAAGGCGAGGACGGCAAGCUCGGUCAUGGUAAUCGAGUGAGUUACGAUCGUCCGAAGCUUAUAACAGCACUGUCGGGGCUGGAAGUGGUAGCUAUAGCGUGCGGCGGCGCUCACUCGGCGUGUCUCACCGCGCGCGGGCGCAUCUACACGUGGGGGAAGGGCAGGUACGGGAGGCUUGGCCAUGGAGACUCUGAGGACCAACUGGUGCCUAAACUGGUGGAAGCUUUGACCACGUAUCGUGUGAUUGACGUGGCGUGCGGGUCGGGCGACGCGCAAACGCUCUGCAUCACCGACGACGACAACGUCUGGUCAUGGGGAGACGGCGACUAUGGGAAACUGGGUCGAGGUGGAUCAGAAGGCUGCAAGCUGCCGAUGAGGAUCGAUUGCUUAAAAGGGUUACGCGUUAUCAAGGUGGAAUGUGGAUCGCAAUUCUCUGUCGCUUUAUGUCAAUGCGGGAGCGUUUACACUUGGGGUAAAGGUGACUAUCAUAGACUAGGUCAUGGCAGCUAUGAACAUGUAAGACGUCCUAUGCGAGUCACGGGAAUGCAAGGAAAGAUGAUUGUUUCGAUUGCAACGGGAAGUCUUCAUUGCGUCGCAUGUACUGAUACAGGCGAGGUAUACACAUGGGGUGACAAUGACGAAGGACAAUUGGGUGAUGGCACUACACUAGCUGCGCAGAGACCAAGGCUUCUUUUAGCUUUACAGGGCAAGCGCGUGACGAAGGUGGCGUGCGGCAGCGCGCACACCGUGGCGCUGUGCGUGGAGGCGCCGCGCGCGCCGCGCCCGCCGCCCGCGCCGCCGCUCGAGUGCCAUCUGCUGCGGGACCUCACGCCGCAACUCAUCUGCAAUAGACUGGUGCUGUUACAUCAGUUUUCCGAACUUAUUUGCCCCAAUCUUCCGUUACUGAUUCUCGAUGGACCAUUGGAUCAGUUGAGGACGCUUUUAUUCUACAGUGUGAAAGAAGCCGCAUUUAGAAAAGCGGUAAUGGCGACGAUGGUCCGCGAGCGGCAGCACGGGCCCGUGGUGGAGCUGUCGCGCGUGGCGGCGCGGCGGUCGCGGCGCGGCGGCGCGGGGCUGGCGGGCCCGGCCGGCAUGCGCUCCGUGUUCGGGCAGAUGGUGGCGCGCCUGCCCACGCUCACGCAGGACGCGCUCGCUCUGCCGCACCGAGUGUGGAAGGUCAAGUUCGUUGGCGAGAGCGUGGACGACUGCGGCGGUGGUUACAGCGAGAGUAUAGCGGAGAUGUGCGAAGAGCUGCAGAACGGAUCCUUGCCUCUACUCAUGGCGACGCCCAACGGACGAGGCGACGCCGGCGCAUCUCGCGACGCGUUCCUCCUCAACCCAACUGCCAACACACCGCUGCAUCUGAACUGUUUCAGAUUCCUCGGUGUAUUAAUGGGCAUCGCGAUCCGUACCGGGUCUCCUCUCUCACUGUCGUUGGCUGAGGGCGUGUGGCGUCAGUUAGCCGGACAACCUCUCAGACCACAAGACUUGGCUGAAGUAGAUAAAGAUUUCCUACCGGCGUUGCUGUGCAUUCGUGAUAUGACGCCUCACAAUAAGGAACUGCAGAACCUAGAGCUUCCAUUCUCCAUUCCGUCAGCCGCCGGCCAUGAAGUCCCUCUCUCUACUCGGCAUAAGAGAGUGACUCCAGAUAACAAGGAUGAAUAUGUGCAAUUAGCUCUCCACUACAGACUGCACGAGUUCGACGAGCAAGUGCGUGCGGUGCGCGACGGCAUGUCGCGCGUCAUCCCCGCGCCGCUGCUCGCGCUGUUCAACGCCGCCGAGCUCGAGGCGCUCGUGUGCGGCUCGCCCGACAUACCCGUGCACACGCUGCGCGCCUCCGCCACUUACAAAGGAAUUGAACCAAACGCUCCCCUGGUGCAAUGGUUCUGGGAAGUGAUGGAGGAGCUGUCGGGCAGCGAGCGCGCGCUGUUCCUGCGCUUCGUGUGGGGUCGCACGCGUCUUCCGCGCGCCCCGCAGGAUCCCAGGCAGAGGGACUUUGUCCUACAGGUUCUGGACAAGUACCAGCCUCCAGACCACUUCUUGCCGGAGAGUUACACAUGCUUUUUCCUUUUGAAGAUGCCACGGUACUCGUGCAAGACGGUGUUACGAGAGAAAUUGAGGUACGCGAUUCACUUCUGCAAGAGCAUAGACACGGACGAGUACGCGCGCGUGGCCCUAAGCGCUGCGGAGCGCGUGUCGUCCGAGGAAUCGGACUCGGACGGCGACGCCGCACCCGCGCCGCCCGCGCAUGCGCACCCGCCGCCGCUCUACUCGCUCACCAGGGCGCCCACUUGGUUGUAAACACUACCACAUACCAUGCUAAAUAUAACAUUUAUUUUCAGACAGAAUAUUUCAUCCGAUUUUUGUUAUUUUAAGACAGUAUUAUGUCGAUAAAAUUGCACAUUCGGAUUUUACGGACCAAUUUUAUUUGUACGUCAGGUUUUAUCAGUUAUUUCUCGAAAUUGUUUACAAAUGGAAACAAGUCACUAGCUGUAGCGUCGAUACUUCGCUUAAUAAUGGAGUUUGCGAUAUGUCGUUAGAAUUGUAUUUUAUUAUAAUAUUCGAAUUGAUCCGCAAUAAAAAUAAUUCGAAUACUCUCAUUAUGUACUCAUUGUAAUAUUGAAUGAUAUUUAUUCUUACUAAUAAUGUAUCGGUAUUUGUUGAUUCGGAACGGGUUUUAGGAGAUAGAACUUCCUUAUAUUGUUCUGUCAAUAUAAGUUAAUGUUACUGGUAAAGGUAAAGCUUGAAUUCAAUUAUAGCAUUCCAUCCAUAGCGCUAGACAUUUUGCUCGAACAAUUUUAUAUUAUAAAUCUUAAGUAUACUGUCGGUGUUUGAUGUUUCUCGAUUAAGACACAUACAACGAGGCGAUACUGCCACAUUCCACUAAUGAUCGCAAAUGUAAUGAAUUGCAUGAUUGCUUAAUUUGAAUACGAGUACCAUUUUCCAUAAAAUUUUAUUACAAAUUAUUUUACAUACAUUGGAAAAGUUAUGAAAAUAACUGCAAGAAUCAGGAUAAAAAAGGAUCAAAUAUGUUACUAUUUAUUUUUAUCUAUUUCGUUUUCGUUUUCUCGAGUAAAUCUUUUUUACUCUUCUUGAAACCUAUUUUUAUCUAUUAAUAAGAUAAUUAUUUAGAUUUCAAUUUUAUAUUAUUAAUUUCAUUAUUUCUACCUUUCUACCUUUGUCUUGUUUGUACCUUUGUGCUAUGGAUGUAAGGUAAUUUAGACUUGAGGCUUGCGUUUUCAGCUGUGAUGUAACUAAGCAUACUAUGAACGAGUGGAGAUACAGUAGGAGCUAGUCAUUGUUGCACGUUAUGUAGACUCUUAUACGUAUUUAUUCAUAACUCAUAAACUUCGUAUAUUGAAUACUUGCUUAUUUUUAUACUCGAGCGAACUAAGCCGUGAUCUGGAACUAUAUUAUUUAGAGUUGUGAAGUUUUAGUGCGACAGUCCUUCAAUAAAAUCAAUUAGAACUUAAAUCCUAUAGUUAUUAACUUUAGCUAGUAUUAACGUCUCAGUAUCCUAUUCUUCAGACAGUGAUGGUGCAAACGUGCAACUCUUAAUCAUAUCAUGUAUUUUAUUAAAGGACUGUCGAGAUAAGUGCAUUGAUUUAAAAACCCAAGAUACAAAUUUUAAAGCACUUGUAGUACAAGACUUAUGGCUUAAAUACUUUGUGAAGUUAUAGUCUAGGAAGUUGCAAUUAUAAUAAUUGAUUUUUUAAAUAUGCGACUUUAAAAUUGUAUAGUAACAGUGAUCCAAAUAGACACAGUUUAUGGUGCAUUUUUCGAGUUGCUAAAUAAUUGAUCUUGGGUUUUAUGAAUAUCAAUGUUUAAGUGCUAUUUAUUAUGUAUCAGAUGUAUGCCAUGUGUUACUUUUUAUAACGAAAAUACGUUAAAGAUCUUGAGUUGUGACAUAAAAGAGUGAAACAAGUGGUUAUUCAUUUACGAAAACGCUCACGUAGUAUUCUAAAGAUUUAAAUGAGUCAUAGUUCUGACAUUACUGACCACUAGUAUAAACUUGAUCAUCCGUCCACCAAAUAGGGGCCAGGGUGGAGGCGGCUCUAAAUUCCAUCUCUCUAGGCUAUAUACACAGCUCAAUAUUAUACGUCAUUCGUACAAAGCUCAUCGAGAAAUGUCAUGGAUGUUGAUUAUUCAUUUAUUUCACCGAGUUUCACGUAAAUCGAUAUAGGACCGUAUUAUCAAGGAUAUAAGUCAGAGGGCAAUCAAAGUAUUAAAAUUAUUACUAGUGCAUUCAUCUAUAUUAUGUUAACACAGGAUGAGCGUUAGGUAUAUUUUCAAACUUGUCAGUCUUCUGCCAGUCAGAUACGUGAGCAAUGCAUAGUAAUGUAAUACUAGUAUUUUCGUUACAAAAAUACAUUCGGUAGGAAGUAAGUAUUUAUUGAUGCAUAAUAGUAUUUACAUUAUUCUAUGAUUAUAUUUUCACGCUAUAGUCGCUUUGCUAGUAUUACUAGUGUAUGGCAUUUGGUGCUAGUGCUUUCACGAUUAUAAUACGUUUUUGUUCUGAGGUGAAUUAGAAUGCACAAACAAAUUCCCAUUAUUUAUGUAUCAAUAAUUCUCUUUUGUUCAUAUUAGUAAAAUUCAUACUCUACCUUUGUGACUGACUUGACACAAUCUUAAUAUUUUGAUCAUUGUAUUAUGUACCAGUGUUUCUAUUAAAAUUAUUUCCAUGUGUGAUGAUAUUUCAUCUACACGGUUAUUAGCUGUAAUUGAAUAUGAUUUAUUGUGUUGUAUUUAUAUCCAUUAUUUAAUUUGUAUCAAGGCUAUGUCAAUAAAAUAUCUGAAUUAAUUUUCAUGUCAUAUUGACUAUGUAGAAAUAUUAUCUUCCAUUUUUUUGGAAACAUGACUUAUUCCUAUUAACAAAGUAUACAACCAAAAUCAGCACAUUUUUAUAAUUUUCAAUUAAUAGAUAUUAUUGUUGAUAUUACACCAAAGUGUUUAUUUUAAGAUAAAAAGUUUUCAUUUUUUCUGUGUAAAAGAUCUGAAUGAUGUAAACCUAUUAUUUAUUUGAUCUGUCCAUUUAAAAUGUUUAUCAUUUAUAAGUAUAUAAUUCUGAAUAAAAGUAUUUAUU